GAGAGAGGCAGGCACGGAGCUGGAGACACGCAUAGAGGCAGAGCCAAGCCCAGCUGCUGGCUCAGCUCCGCUCCGCAGCCAGCCUCCCUCUGCAGAGCACACGCACGAUGAGAGCCCUGGGCUUCCUCCUCCUGUCCCUGGGCUGCUGGGCCCAGAAGAUACCCCGCCUGAGGUUCACCCUGCCAGACUCUCCGGCUCUGAGCUUCGAGGAUGGGGAGAAGCCUGCAGCCAUCUCCCACGACCUGGGCUCGGAGCAGCUGUACGUCGGGGGCCGGGGAGCCGUGCACGUGCUGACGUUCACGGAGGCGGAGGUCAACCAGACCCGGGUUGUCCUGCCGGCUGAGGAGAAGGCACUGAAGGAUUGCAAGAGCCAGCCAGGGGCCCAGCAGGCCGAGUGCGAGAACUUUAUCCGCGUGAUCCAGCGGCUCAACAGCAGCUCCAUUAUCGUUUGCGGCACCAAUGCCGGCUCCCCGCGGUGCUGGUUCCUGACCAACGACAUGAAGCUGCAGCAGAACAAACUGGGCCAGCUCAUCUCCAUCAAUGGGGAAAACCUCUCCCCUGCGUGGCCAUCGCAGCCUGCCGCCACCAUCGCUGUGGAGGGCAACCUGUACUCAGCGCUGUCCCAGCAGAAAAGCACCAUCCAGAGGAGCUAUGGGCCAAAAAAGCUGCUCAGGACAGAAGACAAAUGGCUGGCAAACACAGAGUUCAUCAGCGCUGCCCUGCUGCCGCAGAAGGAAAAGACUCUGGAUGAAAUCUUCUUCUUCUACAACGAGGUGAACAAGAUGGCGGGGCUGGAUGAGGAGCCAGUGAAAGCCCAGAUCGGACGGGUGUGCAAGGUGGAUGAAGGUGGGAAGACCCUCCUCGUCGACUCCUGGUCCACUUUCCUCAAGGCGAGGCUGGUCUGCGGCCACCCUGCCGACCCCCAGCGCUUCCACCGGCUGCGCGACGCCUUCGUGCUCAGCGAGGGGCAGCAGGGCGGGGGGAUGUUGUACGGCAUCUUCUCCAGUGCCUGGGGCACGACUGCCAUCUGCACUUACUCCAUGGACAGGGUGAACCAAAUCUUCCGAACCUCCAAGCUCAAGGGGUACAGCAGUGUCAUGCCAGCACACAGGCCCGGCACGUGCGUGCCCUACAGCUCCCCCAACGCCCCAUCCAAGGCCACGCUCAGCAUCAUUAAGGAGUAUCCAGAGAUAGAGCAAGUCAUCUACCCCGAGGGGCAGCGUCCCCUGUACAUGCUGCAGACCAACGACACCUACACGCAGGUGGUGGCCGACCGGGUCCUGGAUGCCAGCAAUGCCUCCCACACCGUCCUCUACCUCGGGACAGAUAAAGGGAAAAUCCACAAAGUGCUGCAGGGCGAAGGGCAGACUGUCAUCAUUGCUGAGAUGAGUCCCUUUCGAAGAGAAGCGCCCAUCUCUGGCCUCAUCCUGGAUGCCUCCACAGGAUACCUCUAUGCCAGCACUGAGUUCGAGGUGACGCGCCUGCCGCUAGCAGACUGCGGGCAAUACAGGGAGACCUGCUGGAAGUGUGUCCUCGCCCGGGACCCGUACUGCGGAUGGGAUCUGGAGAACAAGAGGUGUUCUGCUGUGUUCCAGGAGGCGAAUGCCACGACCAGCAGCUUCCUGCAGAGCCUGCAUCCCGAGGCUGGGGACGUGUGUGAAGGUGUGGCAGACCAAGUGGCUCAAGAAGCCCUGAAGAAGGUGAGUGUUGACCCGACCAGCUACAUCUACCUACCCUGCCCCCUGCGUUCCCACCACGCCAUCUACACGUGGGUCAAGGAUGGCGCCAAGCAGUACCCGUGUGACAUGGACGGGCACUCGUGUACACUGCGCUUCGGGGAGAACGCCCCCAUGGACCAGGGUGUGUUCAAGUGCACUGCCACAGAGGAGGGCUACAAGGAGGAGAUCACUGUAUACAAACUCACGCUCAACAGUGCCACGGUCCCCCAGCUGCCUCUGAUGAUGCUGUUCCUCACCAUUGCAAUUCUCCUGUGCUAGACUCUGCCAUUCGAGUAGAUCUCAUUACACUGCCAAUGUCUUUCUUUUUCCACCAUCCACAACCCUUAUGAAUCCUCCCUUCUCCCUUGGAGGAUUCUUCCUUUAACACAUCCUGAAAGAAAUGUGAGAUGGUCCAGGAGCAAAGUGCCAGGGGGCUCAUCACUGAUCUUGAAUUUGGACAUCCGGGUGGAAGACACGGCCAUCUGGUUUUGGCAGCGGUAGAAAAUGAUACGUGAGCUUCCUUCCCAAAGUAGAUAACACAGCGAAGCUGAGCAGAGCAAAGCCGAUGGUGGUGAGGAUGGUGGGGAGCUUGAGAAACCACGAGGGCAAAUCUACCUUGUGCCACUACUCUGCAGAUGGAGGGCAAGUCCUUGUGUCCAGCACCAGGCUUAAUGUCAUGCUGAUCCAUGAAGGGUCUCCAGGAGUUUAGCCAUUGGUCUAGAGUUUGGAUGUUGGUCUAGACGUUGGGUGAGCUAGAGGGGCUGUUGAUUUGAACUCUCUGUCUCUCUAGCGCUUCUCUAAGGAACAGCCCUCUGGGAGAAGGACUGCAUGUGACUGGGUCUUUUCUACUCUGAUUUCUAGGAGUUUGGUGCUUUUGCUGUCAGGUUCUUUCACAUGGAGAAGUCGACCAGUGCCACAAGUCUGAGGCUUCCCAUCCAGGUCCAAGUCAUCACAUGAACUGUUCUCUUCAAGGUCAUUUAAUGGGUUAUUUUGUAUGUGAUGCCACUCUGAUUGCCAGCUCUGCUUUGGUUUGCUCAGGGUUGCAUCCAGGUUUCUGAAGGGACGAGAAAGCAGAGAAAUCCAGAAGUCUGUGCCCUCCUCUCGCUUGUGCUGGGGUAAACCCGGAGUCAUGCUGUCAGCUUUCAAUAGCAUUUACACUGGGAUAAGCAAGCACGCUCUAGUCCCGGUGUUUAUAGGUGCUGAUGAUGGAUUUCCUCAAGUGUACGAGACUAGGCCCCAGGGUGUUUCUACCUGCUCUGCCAGGCCAUAGCAGGGGUGUCCCAUUCCCCUCAACAAAGCGGAACUGGUUUAAACUGGGGCCAGGCAGAGACCUCAGCACAAAGAACUGGUGAGAUGUGUAGGUGAUACCAAGGCUCAGCUCAGUAAGACAGGAUCAAAUCCACUGUGGGCCACUAAGCACAGAUGGGAAGAAUGAGGAAGAGCUUUUGGGUGGACUGGAGAGAAAGGCGAAUGAAGGUGGGGAGGGAGAGCUCGUGAUCUGGAGUCUGCCAGUAUAAACCUGUGCUAAAGCCAUGGCAUUAACUGGAGUGGGGGGCUGGGGAAGUCAAAGGCAGCUGGACACGAUGCCAACCGCAUCGCUCCCUGGCUUGCUGUUGACUACAGACGUAAGCCACACCAGCCACUAAGCUUGGCCUGGAAUGAGCUUAGACACACAGGGAUGCAUCGUAGAUCAGAGUCUGACCUGGAGACUCAAGAGUCGGGUUCAUUUGGCUCUUUCCACCUGCCUGGCCAGCUCUGCGCUGUCAGCCGUUGUGGCAGUAAUAUACACAGAGCUCAUUAUGCCACCUCUCAGCUUGCUGUGUCCAGCUGCCCAAGCUCUAAAGCAGGUAACUUGGAGGGAAAGAAAAGUCAAAGGUAAUUCUGACUUGGAAACUCCAGUCCCCAUUUCAGCACCUGCUUUGCUCGGCUGAGUGCUGCAGACCCCUGCUUGGUUUCUUCCUAUCGGCCAAAAAUCCAGCACCACCUCCUGAUUGUCAGAAAAAGAUGGUUUUUUUAAAAAUAUUUGUGUCCUUUUUGUAUGACAUUUUUUUUUUGCAAAAUAUAAUAAUAAUAAUGGCUGGAAAAAAACAUCCCACCAUGCUCCAACUGGCUGUUGUCAGCUGCAUGAAUGUAACUAAGGGACCACAUUGCUUGCAAAAAAUGCCCCCAAGAACCCAGGACUUUAGUAUAGCACUUGCUGAUUUAUCUUUCUCAGUGCUGACUGUAUUGGGGGUUGGUAGAGAGGGGUUAUGGUCUACUGAGCCGUGGAGUGAGACUCAAGAAGUCCUAACAGUAAUUCCUGCUCAGUCAGCAUCAGAUUCCCCAUGCUGUGCCUCAGUUUCCCCAUGUAAUGCAGGAAUAAUGCUCCCACCCUCCCAGGGGUAUUGUGACCCUGAAGGAGAUGAGGUUUGAAAAGAAUAAGUGAGGGCCAGAGGGUCAGUUUAUCAGGAAGUCCCACAACGGUGGGCCCCUGCAGCCAGCACUGUCCCUGGAUGAUCUCACCGGCUGUUUUAGAUCUAGCGUGGGAGACAGAGAUGUGUGGGUGAGGCAUAAGAAUAGCUGCCAGCUGCUUUUCUCCGUGCAUGGGGGACGAGGGCAUCGGUGCCAAGACCCACUCUGGGGAUCCGUAAGCAGGCAGAGCUGAUCUUCUCGAUGGUUCGUUUCUUCUCCAGCACCGCUACUGCUCUCUCCUCCCCACACGUGCUUUGGGAGAGGAGGGGGGCAGCGAGAUCAGUGGGGCAGUGCUCAGGAGGUUGUCACCGUGCCUGACAUGCCGAUACAGUGCCUAAGUGUGGGUGUGUUUUCUCCAGUCGUUUCCUCCCCAGGGAAGGAACCAGAGCUCUUUCUGCAGCUGGGUCAAAGCUAACUUCAAGGCAGUAUGCAUGCAAGGGAGCUCUCAGACAAAGCCUGGUGCUAAGAAUUAGGCUGUAAUUUUUAAAAGAAAGACAUGAAGGGGUUGUUGUAAGCCAUGAGAAGCCCUGCUCGGAGGUCCCUGCUUGCAAAGGGAGAUUGGAGGUUCCUUACGAGCCUGUCACUUCUUCCAAGGGUGAUCUGGAAACCCCCUUCCAGCAAGGUAAUGUUGUGUAUCUGGAAAGCAAUUCUCUGCUUUCCUCUCUGGAGGGAAGACCCUGGUCCUGGGGAUCUCAGAGGGUCUGCAGGGCUGACAGUGUGUCUGAAAGCAACACAAUUUCUCUUGAAGCAGUGGGGGUGAGGGCAGUCUAGCUCUGCAACAAGGACGCAGCACGGCUUCUCAAUAAAACCAGGCCUGCCUCUGCCUUUCAGCCGCUAUGUAAUCUUGCUGCACGGCUCUGUGCCUCGGUUUGCCCAUCUGUACAACACAGCAGCUCAGUAUUCAUUUGUAAAGAGCAUCACUGUUGAGAAGUCCAGGAGGGCCGGGGUCUCAGUUGCUGUGGCUCCAGGAAGCAGGGGUUACAGACUGGUGAGAAGGAUCCAAGUGAGACUGUGAUCACAGGUGGUUCACCGUGUUAGUCUGAAGUCAGGCAGGGUAGAUUUGCAUCUUAUAGACUAACUGAAUUAGAUAUAUAAUAUAGAUAGCAUAAGCUCUCAUUAGCCCAAGCUCACUUCAUGAGAUGAAGUUAUCUCUGAUUUAGUCAGCCUGUAAGGUGGAAAUCUACCUUCUGACUCAAAUAAUGCUAAUCGUUGAGUCUCCACAUCCUGGUUCUUCGACCCAGCCCCCCUUCACUUAGUGCAGUGAAGAGGUUGGGCUUCCAGUUUCACUCUUUCUCCUUCCUAAAGAGCCAGACCUAAAACUGACUCCAUUUAACAGACACCUCCCAUAAGGUUGAGGGAUCUGGUCCAAGAGUUGGAAACCCAGUGUCACUAACAUGGAGGCAGCUGCUGUUUUACUGAAGACUGCAGUCAUGCGAUGACAUGAGAAUAAUCUGAGCUUCUUCCUUUCUUUAUAAACUCAAUUCUUCACCUUUGUGGUUCCAGAGAAAAUCUACACACAUGACCACUAGAAGCGCAAACCCCAGAAGACAAAUGCAAAAAACCACAACUUCCCUCCUUAAAAAAGCAAAUCAAACCUUGUGAUUUUUUUUUUUUAGUCAAUCUAAUGAUUAUUUUUAGGGGCCUGGCUCAUGACUCCUGAAGGUUUGGGGUCAGCAGCCCUGUCAGCCCCAUGUCUGCGUCUGGGGAGAGCGCUGUACAUUUUAUAUUCCCUGUCUGACAGUAUAAUGCUUCCGUCGCUAGAGGAAUGCAGAGAGCUACCAGGAAUUGCCUUGUCUUUCCCUUAGCAACCAACCCUGAGCUGCUCUUCUUUCUUGGAAGAACAGAACUGACUGUUCUGCUGCCAUUCAUGGUAUAUAUCCCGCUUUGCUGUAGAGAGCUGACUAUAUCCGUGUGUGCUUUUCCCUUUUGUAACAUGCGAUUUCCCCACCCCCUCCCUUCCCCCUAACCCUUUUCUGCUCUCUUCCAAAUCAAAGGAAAGUGUAAUGUGUGCUGGAGAAUGGAAUAAACAUAAAUGAUAACCA